AUGUUCUCCUCCAAAUUUUCGUGGCUGAUCACGGCGGCGCUACUGUCGGCAAUCAUCACGGAUGCCCAAACGACGUCGUGUGCUUCUAAACUAGUCCCCUGUGCACCUUUCCUCAACUCAACGUCCAACCCAUCGGCUUCUUGUUGUGACCCACUCAGAGAAGCCGUGAACAAAGAUCUUCAAUGUAUCUGCAAACUUUUCGAAAAUCCCACUUUAUUGCCUUCUCUCGGUAUUAAUGUUACUCAAGUUAUUGCACUUCUCAAAAACUGUAACAUUCCUGGCGAUGUUAACACUUGUAAAGCUGGUGGUCCAAGUUCUCCUUCUCCUUCUAAAGGAGCGUCACCAGGUAAAUGUGAUUGAAUUGCUCAUUGUUUUAACUUUGUUACCUCAGAUCAAGUUCUGUC